CUAUAUCCACCAACCAGCCUGCCGAUAUUUUAACAGCGAAUCUUGUAGCAUCUCGGUGGAAUGGCGAGUAUGGCUUUUACUGCACUGAAAGAGGAAGCCAGUCAAACUUGUCGGGUGUAAAAUUGUCCUUUGAGAGUACGAACCCUGACAGACCGAUUAACAUCGUUGGCGAGGGAAGCGAUAAUAUUGGGACUUAUUCUAUUCAGGGUACCUAUGACAAUUUAUCGAAAGUCAUCGCCUUUACCAAACAGUACAUCAAUGCCAAUGCCAACGCGGCCCGGCGUUAUAAAGGCAUCUAUAAUGGCGAACUGUUCUCUGGAACGUGGGGUACUGAUGUCAAGCCGAAUAUGGGUAAUUUCUUGAUUAAACAGAAGACUAAUAUUACAAGGCAGUCGGAUGAGGGAAGUUGGGAAGGAUAUUACUUUGAUUCAGAUAACAAAGGUGCCCUGAUGCUAAUCCACAUGACUGCACGGAAAGAUCCAAGCGGCGUCGAAUUUCUCAACGGCUCUGGUACAGAUGUAGUUGGUGCGUUUACCAUUGAUGGGCACGUUGCAGUUAACAAUUCG